AUGCAACCAGCAAGCGUUCAGCUCACAAAGUUGCAGGCCACUGGGGCUCAUUGCCAGGCCUUUCUCAGGCAAUCAGCUCAUCCCAGGUACUCUUUGCCAGCAAAGUCCUUGCUGCAUGGUGAGCGGGCAACCCGCUUCACACACGCCAACUGCAAGCUGCGAACCAAGUCUGGUAAGGCAAAGCUGCGCCUGACGCCCGAAGCUCUGCUUACCUUGUGGCAGGCGCUGCGCAUGUCGCGCUUGAGGCAAGACACAGUCUUGGCCAGGUGUCAGUUUGCUGAGCCCGACGCAGCAAAGGCCCAGCGUGUGCUCGUGGUGCCAUCCUUGAAGUCUCCAGAGGCAAGAUCGCGGAAUAUGGUACUGCGAUGCAGGGUAACGAUAGGCUCAGUGAUUGUUCGAGCCACCAAGCAGCAGGCAUUUCACUGGCGCGGGCUAUUGGAGAUCCAUGAGCUCCUCUCGCCGUGCAGUUUUACGUGGGAGCCGGUGGGGCUGAGGUGGCCCAAGUCUCCUUGGCGACUUUUGGCUUUCAACUUGACUGCCAAUCGACUUGCCGCCCGUGCGGGGAUUGCAGUGCAGAUUUCAACUACCAAGCCUCAGCCAGACUUUGAAACGGACACGCCUAUUCGUCACCAAGGCUACUUUAUCAUCAAACACUGCGAACUAGUGCUUUCUGUUUACGUCGAGCAGAAUUUGACUCCCCCAAAACUGCUUGGCUCGCCCAGACUGGUUGCCGGCUGGUUUGCUUUUUUCUCGCUUGGCUGGUCUUUGAAAAGUCAGUCGCCUGACGUGAUAUCAGCUUGCUCGACUGGCGUCGCGGACGCCGACCUGGAAGAUUCGGACAUAGCGAUUCUGGCUGGGCCUUUGACAAACAACUGCCUCAGACACGAGCAGCUGAUGUCCGCUAUAUGUGCUUGUCGAUUGCAGGCUUGUGAUAGGCAGAGGCUGCAAGUCAUUGCCUUGAAGGCGGAAUGGGGACAGACACUCCUUGGAUUCAAACAUGCUAUCCACACUCGGCUGCCCUCAGCAACAGUCGGCAAAAGCAAGCUUUCGAUGCUCGUGGUCGAAGUUGAGUUCGAGAAUCGUUUGUUCUUUGCCAAGCAGCUUGAAAUGAUUUGCACCAGUGGAAAUGGUGAACACGCGCCUUUAGCAGCCCCUUGCAAGCAACAUGUGGUCUGUUGGUCGCACCUCGAGGUCCGGCGUGCUCCUUACAUUUUCCAAAUCAGGCGCUGUGCAAUUUUCUGCAGACCCUGCAGCCGCUUGUUGGACAUGUGCGCCGUGUCUAUUGCACUUGCGGAUGGGGCGCGCGCCUCCAUGGAUGAAGGAGGAAGUUCUCUUGCAACCAAGCAGAUAGCCAAGAGUCGGGGCGCAAAGCUUUCCGCCGAGAUUCCGAGCUCUUGGGCGCGGGCCCUACGCUUUGGCAGAAACGCCAUACUGCGGCUGCAAGCGCUGGACCCUGGAGAAGAUUCCGCAGUUUCUGCAUGCAGGCUGUGGGAGGUGGCAAAUCUCCAGCUGGUUCCUGCUGCCUUUGGCGCACUGCUGCAAAGUGUCGCACGGCAUUUAUGCUCGUUUCUUGCACGUGGCAGGCGCUUUAAGGUUUGGUGCCGUUUGCAGGUAGGUGAAGCUCUUGCAGUGCGUAGGGUAGCCAUGGUCUCGAGCUGGAAGGCUUGCCUUCAGUGCCGGAACGCAGAGAUUGGGUCUCUCCAGAGUCGGGCCCACAUUUUUCACCGGUACAUUCCGCCUCUCCGCUGGCCGCGUUGCCGGGGGACAAGUGAAUUCCCAUGGCACGAGCUUGGGUGCCGCUCACAAGGUGCAAGCCUCAAACUUCAGGCAGUCAAGGCAUCAAUUGCGACGCGUGGGAUGCACAGGCUCAGUCAGACAGUGUGCGUGGCAAGGGGAUGCCAUCUGGCAGUUUUGUGCACCAAGGUCUGCCCGCCUUUUCGCACAUGCAGGAUGGAGUCUUUGCAAGCAGAAGAUGAAGCUGUGGCGCAGGCCAAUGUGGGCAGGAGCAAGCUGACGCCCAGGUUGCGCAGUCCAACGCAAUUGCAGGGGGCCGUUCUUCGAAAGCUGUUUGAUCGACAAACUCGCUGGCCUCUGUGCGUUGCGAAGUUUGGGGGCUUGGGCACCAGGCAAUGUGCUCCAUGCAGUGCGGAACGCUUUUGGCCGCAGCUUGAAAUGUUGGUGCUCUCACCAACUUGGGCAAGUGAGACGCAGCAGUUGCUGCAGAAGCAUGCGGAUUGUCUGGGAGAUCGGGGCCAUUUUGACCGCGCGGAACGCGAUCAAUCGCGUCGUCUCAUUUGCUGGAAAUGGUCGGCUUGCGCCUGCUGGAAGUGGAAGGCUUGCGGGCACCAGGGGCGCAAGUGGCUCACUCGUGCGACUCAAGUCAGUCUCUUGGUUUUCUGUUCCGCUUUGGCAAGCUGGCGCCGGGGUGCUGCGGGAGGAAGCGGCAGCCAAAUGGGAGGCUGA